GUCUCCGCCAAUGCAGGAGGCCUUUGCUGUCCUGGUUCCACCCUUCUCAAGAGCUGGGGCCGGAAGAUGGCGGCGGCCGCGGAGUUGAAGCUGCUGGAGAAGUCCCUGGGGCUGAGUAAGGGAAAUAAGUACAGUGCCCAGGGCGAGAGACAGAUUCCAGUUCUUCAAACAAACAAUGGUCCAAGCCUAACAGGAUUGACUACCAUAGCAACUCAUCUAGUCAAAGAAGCCAACAAGGAGUAUUUGCUGGGGAGUACUGCAGAAGAAAAAGCAACAGUUCAGCAGUGGCUGGAGUACAGGGUCACUCGAGUAGACAGACAGUCCAGUAAAGAGGAUAUCCACACGCUGUUGAAGGAUCUGAAUUUGUAUCUUGAAGAUAAAGUCUACCUUACAGGAUAUAACUUUACUUUAGCAGAUAUUCUACUGUACUAUGGACUUCAUCGCUUUAUAGUUCAAUAUAUUUUAGUAGCUUUUUGAAUUUAGAAUGAUGACAUGGCACCUACCUCAUUUCAAAACGGAAAAAAAAGCCUCCAAGGUAAAGAGGAUUUGCUGUGAAGUAUCUAAGCAUCUCUCUCCUGGUGGCAAACCUAGUCUUUCAGCUUGGGGAGUCCAGAACUUGGCUUGAGCGAGCCUGUGCUACUGACUGUGGUUACUUUAAAAGCUUAAUCUUAGGAAAAAUUGUGGUGACUGCCAGCAGCUAGUGAGCAUCUAUCAGGACUCAGGGUCUGGCUUCCUGCAGCACUGAGCUGUCAUUAAAGAGGAGAACGUGUCUCAUGUAAUUAAAAAAAUAAAUAGAUGAGAAUGAGGUGUAACUCUUGCAAACCAAGUAUAUAUUUAUACACAUACUCUUCCUGUCUACUGGCUUAUGCAGGUCAUGUGGCAGGAAAAGUGUGGGAGACCAACCUUGCACGUGACUGAGUCACACUCCCCUGCUGGGUACUGAGGUGCUCAGUCACAGAAAUGUGGCAGAGCUUUCCCCACCCUUCUUGGGUUUUAGGGUCAGUGUCUCAUGCAUGGGUGUGUCUUGCUACAGCUACGCUCACCUGUUCCUUUGUAAUAUAACCCCUUACCCUGUUUAGGAUAGAAUCUUCCAUGGAAGUGCAUUGUGUGUGUCCCCUGCUCUUACUGUACCUUUGAGUGUGGCCUACCCAAAUGUCAGUCAACCUGACAGUGGACAUCAUGAAGAUAGACUCAGCCCCCUCAAACCUGACCCCUGGCCUCAUUUGAAAAGCUUCUCCUCAAUAAAAGGGGUCAGCGCGUGCUCUCUCU